AUGACCAUGGAUUUGGGAUGGCGUCGAUUCAAUUUCUUCGAGAAAGAAGACGUCCCAGAUCCAAUCGACCCUUCGCAGCCAUUUUCUGCCUUCAAGGGGCUUAAUCUGUCCUUCAGAGAGGUUGGAGAUGGGUUUGCUUUGCUUGGAAAUACUGAUGGAAUGAUUUUUCGAGUCGAAAGAGAACUACAAUUACAAGUCUGGAAAGCAUAUCAGAAAAGUUUGAAUGGGUUUGCAUAUCAGAAAGGAUAUUUGGCUACUGUUGGGGUGAGUUUGGAGGGGUUUGAGUUGGGGAUUGGUGCGUUUGAUGGUAAGUGGCGAUACGAAAUGCGGUCAAAAUGUAUGCAGGGGGCUAAAAUUGUAUUUCUGGAGACCUUUAAGGCACGAAGUUGCCGUUGUUAAAUUUGUUGGGUCAUAGUGCAAGAUUUAUUUGAGAUUUUUUAUUACACUAGGUGAUGAUUUUAAAGAAAAUUGGUCUUUAUUGCUGCCACGUUUUAACCUCUGCAUAAAAUAUUUUGAGAUGUAAACUCCCUAUUUUUUAUUUACAGGCCGAUGAUGAUACCUCAGGUUACAUCGUGAAGCUCUGGAAUAUGAAUUCUUGGAGCGAAAACGAGCCCCAUUGCCUGAUCCAAUCCAAGCUGGCCCUUGGAAAGUCGAAAAUCUCGGUCCCCCCUAUUUGCAUUGCGUUGGCAUCAUCUGUAGACCUCAUUUGUGUUGGUACCAAAGAUUCCACGAUACUAUUUUAUCACGGUGACCUGAUCAAUGACAAAAAAUUUAUUUGGAAAAAUCUGGACAACUCCGCAGCGAGUGGGGAUCUUAUUGGGCUGGCAGUGGAUUCUCGGCCCAAUAUCCAUAUAAUCUUUGUCAUCAAAACAGUAACCGUUACAAGUUUUUUAUUGGAGAAUGGAGCGGUUGUCAGAAAAGUAAGCAAAUUGAUUUUUUAUUGACAUUUUUUUUUGAAAUUUAGGUAAAUCAUGAUGCAAAGGGAUGCGAAAAGGAUUGCUUUUACUUCAACAACUCUGAUAAUUCACUUAUCUUGGCUAAUCGGGAUGUAAGUUUGCUUUUCUGUUUAGUGUAUUAGUUUAGUAUAAAGUAAUGUGAAAUUUUUUCUUUGAUUAUCAUAACUGCGAUUUAAAAUACGGUAGUUGUGGUCUUUGUCGGUGUUUUUAAUUGUUUUUACUCAGCUUUUAUAUUGUUGUGUAUUCAGAUGGUCUAUUUUUACGAUGCGAGUAACGUCCUCGAGCCGGGAAACGAGAAGGGCCAAUGCUACGCCCUUGCUAGAGGCCUAGACAAGGUCCAGAUUGUCAAACACAAUCAUUACGUCGUCCUACUUACCCAGAAACCAGCAGUCAUAAAGUAGGUCUCAAUUGUAAUAUAAUGUUUUUUAUUGCUAUGCUAAACUAAUAUUUUAGGUCCUCGGAGAACGCGACGAUGUGUGUGCUAAACAUCUACGACGUCGAAUUCAAAUACCUGGCCUUCCAUUAUCCCAUCCCAACUGAUUGCCAGAUAUUUAUUUUGGAUGACGUCAUUUUUCUCCUUUUAUCCGACGGAAGGUUGAUGAAAAUCAUUGAAAAGCCUUUAAUAGAGAAACUGGAGAGUUUGAAAAAGAAGAAUCUCUUUGAUGUCGCUAUAGGGUAAGAGUUGUCACCAUCUAAAUGCCAUUUAUAUUACUUUAGACUAGCUAGUCGCCAUAAGUACCAUGAUUUGGCAAAUAUUUACGUGAAAUACGGGGAUUAUUUGUAUGCCAAAGGAGACUUUGAGAACUCAUGCAAACAAUAUAUGGAAACACUCGACGUAAUUGAGCCGUCUUAUGUAAUUAAAAAGGUAACAAAAUUUUUGCGUUUUUUUGGUAGUUUGGAAUUUCGUUUGAAAAUUUUCGAUUUUUUAGUUUGUCGAUGGGUCCAGGAUCCCUCAAUUAUGCGCAUACUUGGAGCAUCUUCAUAAAAAGAAAGUUGCGAAUGGGCAGCACUCAAUCUUGCUUCUCAGCGCCCUUAUAAAAUCGAAUAAUCAGGAAAAAAUCUUGGAGUUUGUGGAAAACUCCCCAAAAAUCAAUGAAUUCGAUUACCCCACGGCAAUUCAGAUCCUACGAGAGGCGAAAUUGAGCGACAUUGCACUCAAAUUGGCUAAAAUUCAAGGCGAAUUGGAGCUGUAUUUGGAUAUUUUGAUCACUGACUUUGCCGAAUUCCCCAAAGCUAUCAAGUUUAUCGGGCAGUGCAAUGUGGAUGAUAAAAUGACAUUCCUUACGAAUUAUGGGACAAUUUUGUUCAAGGAGGACAGGAAAGCGGUCACAGAAAUGAUCAAGCAAGUGGUACUGGAAAAACGUGAGAAUUUUGGAAUUUUUGGGGGGUUUUGCCUGAAAAAAGAAGUUGGAUAUCUUUUGUUUCAAGCUUAACAAGAUUUUUUUCUUUACAUUCUGGACUUCUUUUUUAAUUUUUAUCAUCUUUUUUCCUACUUAAAUUUUACGUUUAGCCGAUGUCUCCAAAGCCUUGAUCCGUACAGUCUUAGAGGACGGAGAAUGCCUCGAGGAGAUUUUCAAGAACCCAACUGGAUCCGGAGUCCUCUCCCCACAAGAUUCAGCCACUAGUGUCGCCCUAUUAGAACAUUUGAUAUCCAAAAUGACGGACAAGGAAAAGAAGGACCCCAAAAAGUUGGAUCAAUUGUAUGAUUUGAUCCGACCUGAUGUUGUAACUGAUGCCAUUCAACUUGGAAGACAAUAUAAUGUCCCAGCAUUAGUAAUCCACGUUUAUCGAAAGACUAAAAAGUAGGCGAAAUAUAGUUUUUUUUUUUGAAUUGAGAUGACUUGACCUAAAUUAAUGUGUGCAUUUCAGAACAGAAGAUUUGUUGAGGUAUCUUCUACAAGAAGGCGAUCUCGAGAACGUAAUCGAAAUGUGUGAUGAGAGAUUAUUAAAAGAUAUGUGGAUCGAAUUGAUCACUCAUGUGGCCAGAAAGAAGGACCUGAACCCGGAAGAUCUGAUUAAAUUGCUUGAUAAGUGAGUUCAAGAGACGGGUAAAUUUAUGUCUGUUAGCACUUAAUCAAGUAAAUUCAUCCAUCACAACAAAAUAUUUUUGUUAUUUAUAGUAAAUAAUACGUUUAAUUUCAGAGCAAAAUCCGCAAAUUUCGUCCAUCCACUGGUUGUCCUAGAGAUUCUGGCUCGAAACGACAACCUAAAAAUUGCUGAUAUUCUAGAUUAUAUUGUCAAUUGGCUGGAAACUCAGAAUAAAUUUGUAAGCAAAAGUUUUAUUUUUUGUUUUUAUACUCCUUUAGAUUGAUGAACACGAAAAGUUAAUCGAAAAAAACGAAGCCGAAAUUGAGGAGAUGGACAAAAAAGCAGAUAGUUUGGAACAUGGGUGAGAUUUUACAGAAUGUCAAAAAGAUUAAUUUGAGAUUUUUUGAUUGUGAAAUAAUUCGUAUUUUAGAGUCCAAAUAUUCCAAAUCAGCAAGUGCUCGGCCUGUGAUGCCCCCUUAGCAGUCCCAGCCGUCCAUUUUGUCUGCAAUCAUUCAUUCCAUCGUCAUUGUUUUGAGUCGUUUUCGGAUGGUCAAGAAGAAUGCCCAGUCUGUGCUUCGGCCGAGAGUCAAGUGGUCCCAACCAAACGAGGAUCUAACGGAAUAUCUCAUCUGACAUUCUUACAGGAGGUGGGGAUUUUUUUGACGUUUAGAAAAAGAAUGGGCGGGAAAAUUCCUAGGACAUUUUAGAGCUAAGAAAAUCCGGGGGUCUUGAAUUUUACUUUAUUUUUAAUUUUUAUCCAUUUUCUUUCAGCUGCAAAACUCAGACGACGCGAUCAGCCUCAUUGCCAGCUAUAUUGCUAAAGGCGCUUUCGAAGCUUCGUGA